UCCUACAUAGACGAAAAAACAUUGCCGUGGCUUGAACGUCGGUCACACGGCUUCAUAUUAUUUGAAUGUUUAAAAGUGUUCGAUUUUUCAAACAUUUCUUUUAGAUAUAAUAACGAGUGUUGUAACAACAAAAAUAUUGUUUUGUAGUGUAGCAACAUUGAAUUUUUAGCGGGAAUGGUUACGUGGUUCUUUUGCAUUUACCGGUGCGUGAAUUGAGUCAUGAAACGAACGUGCGCGGGAGUCGAUAUUUAAAAACUAAAAGUGACGUAAAAUAUUUUAAUAUUGUGCAUUUUGGAGUUCUUUUUUAUAUUGAGGAAACAAAAUGGCCAAGCUCAGCUUACUAGCUGUACUUCUCUGUCAGUUCAUAGCCCUUCCGAUUAUCGGAGGUCAUACUGAUGAUGAUAACCCAUUUCUGGACCUUGCUUCCUCAUUCCUCCAAAAUAUGGGAGAUGGUGGUAAUAAUCUCAACGGACUGGCAACUAUAGGGAAUCUAGUGGGUUCACUCAUGCAAGGACACAACGCUAAGAAUUUCGGAUCUUUACUAGGCCAAGGGAAUGGAAAUGCUGGUGAUAUGCUGUCUAGUCUAGGCAGCAUAUUUGGCGGGCAAGACGGCAAAAUCGAUCCCGCUAUGGUCGGCUCAAUGAUAUCCAUGUUCGCCCAAAAUAUGGGAACUCAGCAACCAAAACGAGAAAAACGGGAAAACAAUGACAGUGAUUUGAAUCUCGAAGGCAUAUUGAACCUGGCAUCAAGUUUCGUAACCAAUCAAAACACCGUUAAGUACAUGCCUUUAGUAAUGAGUGCGAUCAGCGCCUUCUCCGAGAUCGAAGCCGAAAGGAGAGCUGACGGCCACAAAGACCAUGCCUCAUUCCUUCCACCUUUUUUGGAAAAGGCACAUCUUUACUGGGACAUAUUCAUUAAUUCAAAAUUAGGACAGACUAUUUGGGAGAAGUCUGGGGUAAAACAGAUCCUAAAAUCCUUCACUGGACCUGAUGGAAGCAUCAGUUUUGAAACAAUGUUUAAGAAUUUCGAAAACCAUUCGUUCAGGAGGCAUUGGAUCAAGGCAGCUGCUACGUAUUUGACCGACAUGGUUGUUCAGGUAUCGAAACCUGAAGUGUAUCAGAGAUAUCUCAUAUCAGCUCAGUUCAUCAUAAACAAUUUCCUGGAAGCGCAAGGCCUUCCAAAGAGCACACAUUUCAACGUAAAGAAACCGGAGAAGUCCAUCACUGUGCUCGUCAACUACGUGCUAAAGAAAUACAUGGAUAUCGAUACUGAUGUAUCUCAAUAUGUGUCUCCGGCUAUAGAGUAUUUUAAGCAAACCGUUAAAAUGGCAGAGAAGACGACGAAAUCAAUAUCUUCCCGUGGCGACUACAACGCGAUCGCAGACCGUCUGACCGACACCCUGAACUUGGAGGUCAUCGAGCCGGUGCUGCGCGUGUACAGAGCGUACAAGCACUCCGUGGCGGCACCUCAUUGCCAAGAACACCUGAUGUGCUUGGUCAACAGACAUCAAGAUAAUGAAACGAAAGGACUUCCAGGAUUCAAAGCAGGAUUGACGAAGUUGAGUAGCUUGGUAGCCUCGGCUGCUCUCAGUUUCCAAAAGGGCGAAGGGUUCUGGGACCUCUACAACGCCAUACAGAACGAUGUCAACUGCGAGGCCACUUAUCCGGCAGACUGCUCAGCAUUCCACGAACACGAAUUGAAAGUCACCACCGAAGUAUAUCAUAGCGAAUUAUAAUGUAAACAUACGAAUCGUCUUGUGAUGUCUAAAUAAUAUUUAUUUUUAAGCUAAUAUUAAUAGUUAACUAGUAAAUUCACGUCUAUUUUACAAUUUGCCGUCAAUCUACAAUACUAUAUUUAGCUAAUAUUUAACAAUAUUCAUUCCAAUGUACUGCUAUCCGACCACACACGUAACUGAUGAAUAUCUAUAUAGAUAAUACUUAUUUCCUUAAGUAAAUGAAACUAGAUACUUUUUAUGCUUUCUUUACGAAUUGUGUAAUUUUUAUCAGUCAUAUUUCGAAUUAUAAUAAUGUUGUAAAAUUGAAAUUAUCAAUGUAAUUACGAACAUAUAGUUCAUAGUGAUAGUCAGGAGGUCCUAUACCGUCUACGGAGGCAAAUCCGUCUUUUUGCAAUCAAAUCUAAUCGAGGGACAAGUUUGAUAGCCAUAUAGGUAAAAUAAUUAAAAAAUCCCUAUUUUCCUAUCAGUACUAUUAUCAAUUGGCUUUAUCGUCAAUUGCAAAUAGACGGAUAAGCCCCAUAGACGGAGUAGGACCAAAUGCUGUUUUAGUUGACUCAAUUAGGUUCUCGUGGCCCGAUUGCUAAAACAAAGUAAUUAAAACAUGUCUCGGUACUUCACUGACCUGUUGGGGAAUCAAGUUUGGGCAGCUGGUUGUGUGCGAAAGCUCUUGUACACUCGAAUGUGUGUACGCGAUUGGUUCAUUAACGUCACAGUUGGGCAAAUAAUUACGCGCUAUUCGGAGUGGAAAUCAAUUUCCGAGUAGUGCCUAAUCUACUCGCACAGGCACGUAGGUACCUACUUAUCUAUACUAAUAUAUACUAAUAUAUAUAUAUAACGCCGUAAUAUGUUUGGAACGCGCUAAUCUCGGGAAUUACUACAGAGAUUUUUAAACGCUCU